AUUAAUUAUUAAGGAAGAAUUUAAAGAAGAGAUCAAAGAAGAAGCUUUCGAAAAGGAAGAAUUUUUUUUAUCUUUUAGUUCUGAAGAAAUAGUUACAGUUGAUGUGCAAAGAGAAGAUGCAAAUAUAGAAAAUAAAGAUGAAAGUUUGGAAUAUGGAUUUGAUCCCCUCCAACCGGAACCAAAAAGAAUGAAGAAGAGUGAAGAUGGAUAUUCCUGUAGCAAGUGUGAGUAUGUUGCAACUAGAGGAAGUGAUUUAAAAAUUCACAUUGAAUAUAAGCAUGAGGGAGUGAGAUAUCCUUGUCCUAAAUGUGAGUAUUCUGCAACUACAAAACGUGCUUUGAAAGUUCAUGUGGAAAACAGACAUGAAAGAUUGCGAUAUCCCUGUUCAAAAUGCGAGUAUAUCGGAAAUACUAAAUGUGCUCUUAAAAGUCAUGUAGAUAAUAAGCAUGAUGAAGUAAGAUAUCCAUGUUCGGAAUGUGAGUAUGUUGCAACUACAGCAGGGUCUCUAAAGAGACAUAUUGAAAGUAAGCAUAUAGGAUUGAGAUAUCCCUGUUGCCAUUGUGAUUAUGCUGCAACUACAGUAGGAGAUUUAACGAUUCAUAUUGGAAAUAAACACCAAGGAAUAAGAUACCCUUGCUCUAAAUGUAAUUAUACUGCAACUUCAGCAAGGAGUCUGAAGAGACAUGAUCAAAGUAAGCAUGAAGGAGUGAGGUUUCCUUGCUCUGAAUGUGAGUAUGCAGCAACCACAAAAAGUGCUUUGAAAAUUCAUGUUAAAAUUAAGCAUGAAAAAGUGAGAUAUCCGUGUUCUAAAUGUGAUUAUAUUGCAACCACCGCAGGGUCUUUGAAGAGACACGUUGAAAGUAAACAUGAUGAAGUAAGAUAUCCCUGUUCUUACUGUGAUUAUAACGCAUCCUCUGCAGGAAAACUGAAGAUUCAUACCAAAAACAUGCAUGAUGGAGUCAGCUAUCCUUGCUCCAAAUGUGAGUAUACUGCUGCUACAGAAAGUGACUUAAAGAAACAUUUUAACAGGAAGCAUGUGUAAAAAGCUCCUGAAAACAGAGAGUUUUUCAUAAUUUUGGUUCCUUGGCAUUCUUGUUCGUCAAUGCCUUAGUAAAUGUGAUAUUUAAAAAAAGUAAGCAUUUGGAAGGCAAAAAUUAUUGACCAAUAUUCAAAUUAAUUCGUAUUAAAACUCAGAUUAAAAAAAUAUAUUUUUCCUCCGAGAAUUUGACACUUUAAAAACAUGAUAAUAAAGGCCAGAAUCUUCAGGUGGCUUGAACGAGAGAAUGAGAAGUCUGUGGAACGGACGAGAAAUUGCUGUGACUCCCCCCCCCCCCCCAUAAUACAACUUGUAACGUGAUCAAUAUCGUCAUUCAAAUCAAAAUUCAAAGGAUGAAUUCCAGGAUAAUAUAAAUCCUCAAGCAGUAGAUCCUUAGAAGUACUGCUUCUCCUUCGACUCAUUCAUCACGUUAUAAUAUAUCAUUACAAGGCUUUUGAGGCGCUUCCUGUAAUAUAUUUUAGCUCUUAUCGCUUGCUCUGAAAGUCGGCAAUUUAAAAUAAUUUUCAAAUUUUGGCGAAUUUUUCUUUUCGAAUUGGCGCAUUUUCAGAAAUAAUCCCAUCUAUUUUCCAUAAAUUUUUUCCCAGUUUUGAUAAUCCUUAAACCUUCUCUGGGGUCAUGUGAGGAAAAACACAAAAUUUGGGCCCAAUCGGUUCAGCUGUGUUUACGUAUGUCGGUUACAAAAAAAACAGACAGACAAGCAACGUUUAUAUAUAAAUGUGCUAGUAGCAAAAAUAAAGAGUAAAGAGUAAUUCAUACAAGUACGUUUAAUUACACCUUAGAAAAUUAACGUAAAUAUGGGAGUUGUUCCUAUUAUCAAUUUGACUAUGAGAGAGUAGUUCCGUCAUUAACAAAGUUAUGCCUGAUAAUUUAAUUACUUUUUAUAAGUUACAUUUAAAAUUUUCGUUUCAAUAUAUUUCUAUAUUUCAGA